GUUAUGCAUAUGAUUUAUCGGGUGUGCCCUAGGUUGUAGAGAAAAGAAGCCAAGCGGUGACAUGGUAAAGAGGAACGAGCGAUAACCCUUGAAGCUACACAAAUGCAUCAAUAUGAGAGCUUUUAUGCAUAAUAAGCUUUCACAACAACAGUUGGUAGACGAAGAUAAUGUCAUUGGAGAGAUUCUAGAAGACAUUGAGUGCAUCAACAUCGAUGAUGAUGCCUCACGGUCGUACGAUGAUCUUAAUGAUGACACUUUUGGCGAUGGCGCCGAUGCAACAUGGGACCCUACAGAGACAUUUAAGGAGGCUGAGAAGCCUCAUGUAAGACGCAGGGGUAAUAAGGAACUUGUUAAGUGUGAGCUUUUUGACUUUCCCGAGCCACAGCCAGUUGUCCAACGUAACAGAAGACAAAUGAAUACACGUCAACCAAAGGAUCGUGAUGAUAUGUUGGAAAGCAAGGAUAAAUCUAACGUGUCACAACGCAAGGAUGGUAAUAUGGAUAAUGGAGUCUCAGGACAACGCAAGUUGAGGUCACCCAGGAAUCAAACACCUAGAACAGAAUUUACCACUGAGAUGGAAUACAGGGGAUCUUUCACAAAUGAUUUGUCCAAAUAUAUCAAGUUGGGGAUGUUCGCGCUUAAUAAUCAUCUGCUACAUCUAGUCCACUCAGGAAUAACCACAUCGCACCAUAGAUGGCAUCUAAUGGAAAAGACAUUGGAACGUCACGCAAGUGGAAUUGAACGCACAAAGGAAAAUAUGCAAAAGGAACUGUUCAUGGAUGACCAAGCGUUUGACCAAAUAUUGCGCAUACACCUGACACAAAUUUGUAAGGACCCCCGUCUACAGAGCUAUACUGGUCGUUGGAACACCAGGCACUUGAACAUGCAAAAGGGGCAACAAGGCACCGCUUCGGAGACUGAAGAAAAGAGUAAUGGUGUUGAAGAAAUUCCUUUCGUAGAAAAAAAGAUCGAAGUUAACCCUAACAGAUUUGGUAAGACAAGUGCCGCCUCGGUGAGAUAUGGUCGCAAAUUAAUACGCCUUAGCGAUAUAGAUACAUCAGUAGUGAAGGAUGGGCCCGUAAGCAAAGAUCGACAGCUGCGUGAAACUAUAGAGCGUGGAUAUGAAGCGUUGUAUAUGCUUUGCGAUAUCGAGGAAGAUAUCGAACAGUGCCCAAUGAACCACGUUGCAGCAUUGGAUAAAAUGCAAAAGGACCGCGAGGGAAAACUAAAUGAACUUUUUGUAUCGCUUACUACGGGCGAUGUGGGAAUAGAGGAUAUCAUGGACCUGAACAAAGGUCGCAUACUAAUGAUCAAACUAGGGAGGAAACUAAGUAUCGAAACCAAGCUGCAGUUGGCGUGCUCCAUUGUCAGAUGUUCAUCAUUUUUCGCAAAGAUAUGUGCAGAAGUAGACGUAGUUCUGUCUGAUCUGCCCUCCGUAGUAUCCCUAAUCCACUUGCUUGCAUCAUCGUCACAGUUGAAGCCUUUAGUAGCAUUCGAUCAUGAAGUAGAAUCAGACGAUGUAGUUGAUGACGCCGUCAGUAUACACAGUCGAUUGGCCACCGCAAACUCCUUCACAAGGUGCUUCCUAUUCAUUAUCGAAGCUUUGACAAUGACGGGACAUCUUUUCCUGCUCACACCAGAUGCCGGUGGUCGUGAGACGGCACUGCAAAGAUGCUGUAACAUGAUAUUGAAGGGUCAACAGCUAGCAUACUCAUUCAAAAGGUUGCUUUCAUUAAGAACGGGGGUCAUCUUCAUGAACGUAGUACUCGAAAGGGCACGUCAAAACCCGAUAGCAGUGGAUAAGGAUACGAUCGAUAUGAUGCUGCAUUAUACUCUAGAAGUAUCGGAAUCUAUGACGACGAACAGCGAAGAAUGGAAAUCGUUGGCUUCAACCAUCAUGCAGAUGUUUCAUUAAGGUCCCCGGAAUUGAGUUACCAUGGAUAGGAAAGACCAUCACGUCUCUAAUCUAUCUUCUCCUCGGCUAGUCAAUUGUCUGUGAGGGGAUAUAUUGACUAUUGGUUUUAUUUCCGCAUAACGUAUACAACAUGUGGACUGCUUUAAUGGACAGAGGCAUGUUGUCCACAUUGAAUAAUUGCAUAUUAAU